CGCUGGAUAUCAGUUGACGCUUGUCGAACGAGCGGAGUGGCAAUGAUACCGGGUACGAAAUGUCUGCAGCAGAAGCAGCCGCGAUAAUUUGUCAACGCUGAUACUCGGCAAAAUGAAUGAAAAUCAAUUACCGUCGAUCCAGCGAUACUCGAUUAUCGCCAUUUGCCGCCGGAUACGCAGGCUCUGAAUUACCAUCGGAAAUAUUCUUCAAAGUGUUUCCGUUUUUUCUUUAUUUUUAAUUAUCUUUUUAUUAUUUUGGUUUUUCUUCACUGUACCGUCGCACGUGUUAUAUUCGUAAGUGAAAGAAUGAUAAAAAUGAGGUGUUGAGUGGAACCAUGAGGAUAUUCGCGAGUGAAAAUAAUGAUAACGAAUUUGGUGGAAACGAUGCCGGUGAUAGUAUGAAAUAUGGAAAUAUCGAACAGGCAGCGGCGCUUAAGUACAAAGUACAAAUCGUCAAGAUAUUUAGCCAGAAGAAAUCGAAAUGGAUACUAUGCUUGAUUGUGUGCAAUUCAAUUGUCGUUUACGAACUAUGCGAGUGGGCAAAUUCCACGAGAAGUUUGGCUUUGAGGGCGUACGCGAACACCGUAGCCUUCAACGUCUUCGCUCUGUUCGUGUGUCUAGUCUCCGUUUGGGUGAGCCAAAACGCUUCCUCGGCAACACCGAAGGACCUUUCGCCGGCGAAGAAGCCGCUCCAGAAUCACACGCGAUCAUUUUCCGGCUCCGGUUAUCCGCAUUACAAGAAAAACUUGGCCUUCCAUUUUCCGAGGCACUCGAUAUCCGGUCCUUGCCUGCUACAGGAGGUCGAAGUCCAACGAGAGGAACCGAAGGUUCCCAUCGUAUCCUCGCUGUCGAUUCUAGGCCUUGAAAAGUACGAGGUCCUUGCUCUCCUAGUCUCCUCUUGCCUAGCUCUAGCCGCGGCCUCUCUCAUCGCCGUCGAAGCCUUCGGAAGGAUGAAGGAUCAGCCGACAAUUCACACAGGACGCCUUGGGCUCGGUUCUCUUCUGGGUAUCGUGACACACGUGAUAACGGUUUACAGUCACCGAGACGCGGCGUUGGAUCACGUCGUAUGCAGGGCUCUGCCCUGCCCCACGCUGAAGGGCUACAAUCCUAUUUUUGGCGGCAACGUUUUGGGCGCCGCGAUUCUCUGCGGAACUCACCUCCUCAUCCAUUACUGGGACAUCUUCGUCGUGGACACUGCGGCCACCUUGGUCCUCGUUGGACUCGUGGCCACGUCUAUGUUGCCAUUGGCUUUUUACACAGCCAGCAUAAUAUUGCAGAAGCUUCCUCAUUACAUGGGUCAGCAGCUGGACAAAUGUCUUCGAGAAGCUCUGAAUAUCGACGGUGUUCUCGAGUUUAGGAACGAGAGAUUCUGGACUCAGUCUUUCGGGAAACUUGCAGGAACGGUGCAAGUUCGCAUUCGAAGAGACGCGAACGAGAGUCACGUGUUGGAACGAGUUGUUGAGGGACUCUCGCGAAUAGUGACGACAUUGACGGUCCAGGAGUUUCGUGAAACACCACAGGCGAAAUUGGAGGCCCAGAAUUGCACCGAGUACUACAUAAACGAAUUACUUCCAAACGCAGUCGGUGAAAGGAAGAAGACGAAUCCGUCGAAAAAAAGGAGCGAAGCCGAUGACGUUGAGACCGUUUCGAUCGACGACAUCCUCGGCGUCGAGAAGGAGCCCGUCAGGACCUUUUCCAGCCCCGGAAAAUCGGAAGCUAACUUCGUUUCGAAACCGAGGACGAUCACCAUUUACCAGAACAAAAAUGUCGAGGGGCAAAAGAACUACUUGUUCAACCCUCACAGAAACAAUGAAAACGCCCUUAUUGUUGGGUCGAAUGUCGACGAGGACAGAUUCACUGGCUGUACUAUUGGAUUCGUUUGAUAGGAGCGAGACAAGGCUGAAGAAAAAUAUUGCGUAACGGUUUUUAGUCCCGGGUUGUGCGUUUAUUGAACAAUUGUACAUUAAGGAACAAGAUUACACGAAAAAAUGGUGCAGAAAUUUUCGUCCGGACAUUUGCGUGUAAUUUUUACUGUAUCGCGAGUAUAUAUAUGCGUACGCAUAAUUGUAAAUAAAUAUUUAUUAUGUAAUUGA